CUCUCAAGGACAAAAGCCCGCUCUCUGUGUUAUUUUCUUCAAUUGAGAGAGAUCUUCUUCCCGCUUCUUCCUAGGGUUUUGGCAGAAAGAGAAAUCGCAGCCAUGGCGACUACCAGAGUUCAAAGGAUUAUGACCCAGCCCAUCAAUCUUAUCUUUCGGUUUCUUCAGAGUAAAGCUCGCAUUCAGAUUUGGCUUUUCGAACAGAAGGAUAUGAGGAUUGAAGGGCGUAUAAUCGGGUUUGAUGAGUACAUGAACCUGGUUCUCGAUGAUGCUGAUGAAGUCAACGUUAAGAAAAACACCAGAAAGCCAUUGGGAAGGAUUCUUUUGAAAGGAGAUAACAUCACAUUGAUGAUGAACACGGGAAAGUGAUCAUUUCACUAGGAGAUGUCUAUUCUAAGUUGAGCGCACUGUAGCUUUCAGUAAAAACCACAUAGCAGCAAGCAUUUUCAAAUAUCUGUCUAAUCAAACUGGAUAUUUUGUAAUGACUGUGAAUGCCUCUUAGUGCUAGUUAUAUUGCUUGGUGUAUGCAUUUUAUUGCUAGCUAUCAGCUUAUUUAAAUAUCAUCAGUAGGAAACUUUUGUUGUCCCGUUUGUUUUUGUUUUGUU